CUCUCUCUCUCGCCUGGCAGUUGCUGUAUCGUUGAUUUAAUGCUGAAUGAACGCUGACUCUUGAGCGAUGCUGCGAACCACGAGCAUGACAUGAAAUCGCGGUGAUGUGUCUGAUGGUAAUAUUUGGAGGCAGCAUUUAAUUCCGUUUCCAGAGCAGACUAUUUUUAACCUUAACGUUUCUGUUGGAUGCAAUGUCCUAUCUGAACCCCCGGGGAAGAGAGCUCGAGCGUUUUGAUGGACUUUCGCUCAUUUACUGGACACUGAUGGGUCCGUAUGGAGUAGAUCGAGCAGUGCAUUCUAUGGAGUUUACAGACUGUGAGAAUGGAUUAGGAAUCAAAGUGAUCGGUGGUGUGAAAGAACUAACAGGGGAAGAAUAUGGUGUUUAUGUGAAGAGGAUCUUACCUGGUGGCCUUGCUUCCAGUGAUGGAAACCUGCAGCCUGGAGAUCAAAUCUUGGAGGUGAAUGGUGAAAGCUUGAUUGGCGUGACAAGUGAACGAGCGGUGGACAUUCUUAGAGCAGCAUCCUCAACCAAUCAUAUGCGCCUUCUCAUAGCUAGAGAUGAGGAAGCCAGGCGAGAAUUUGUAGAGCUCCUUGAAAAAUACGGCUCAAACGGCAGCACAGGAUCUACCAGGAAUUCACCUAUUCAGCAUACAGGCAGAUACUUGGACAGCACAUCAUCAGGGUCUUCAUCCAGAUCUCAAAGUCCUCUGUUGCUUAGUCCUGCUGGGUCUCAGAGUAACUACAACAAUACAGGACCCUUGCUACGCUCCCUAAGUCACCCAGGUGAAGGAGUGAUUCAGCUGAUAUCAAUCGCUCGCUCCUGCAGUUUGGGUAUUACCAUCGGCGGUGGCUCCAACAGACCUGAUGGUCCUGCAGUUUUCAUCCAGGAAGUGCUGUCUGGAGGAGAUUGUCAUCGGGAUGGACGGCUCAGACCCGGAGAUCAGCUUAUCGCCAUUAACAAGGAGUCAUUGAUAGGAGUCACAUAUGAGGAGGCCAAAAGUGUGCUCAAUAAAGUCAAAUUCAGUCAGGAACCAAUGGUGGAUAUUGCCUUCAUCCCAGGAAAAGGACCUUUUUCCAACAGCCCAUCGUUACAUAAUGGAGUUCAGAGGGGGGUUGGGAACGGAUACAACUCCAGCCGGUUAAAGGUUCACGUCCGAUCUCCUGAGAUGCGACGAGAGGAAACAGCUCCAGUGCUUUCAACCUCCCCAGAUAUCUGCCCUCCAGACACACAGGUUUCAGCCUCCACCGCGCAGAGACAAGCCACUGUUUCCAAACCCAAGAUCUCACUGGACCCCCACAUACGGCUCAAAUCAGAGAAGCUUGAUCUGGCUCUGUUGUACCUGGGUCUGGAUGUAACUGAUGAGAAGGGGCGGCAGCUCAGAGAGAGUCUCACUACAGACCCUCAGGGAACGGUCUCGUAUGGAGACUUUGUGGAAGCCACCCGCAGUGUUUAUCAGGAGAAGCUGGAGGAGGCGGGACUGGGACAGGGUCCCUUCAUGUUCUCCUAUCAGGAAGCAGCUAGUUUGAUGGACACCUCUGCCUUUCAUUCCCCAACCUACGAGUCAGAGUGCAGCUACAGCAGUGAGGAACUCGAGGAGUUUCAGACUGAAGUCAAACAACUCCAGCUGCAAAUGAAACAACUUAAGGUGUUACUGAAAGACACAGAAGACAGCAAGAAGACUCUGGAGGAGGAACUGCAGAAGACAGCUGAGAAGGCCACAGCCACAGUGGAGGAGAAUAAGUGUCUGAAGAGUAAGCUGCAGGUAGCAGAGGCUGUUCAGAGACAGACUAACAGUGCCGAGCAAGACUAUGAGGAGGUCAUUCAGCUCCUGGAGGCUGAAAUCAAAGAUCUGAAGAACCAGCUAGCUGGAAAGAAACAGAGAGUCCUGGAGGCUACUAAGGACGAUAUGAUGGAGCUGAACAGUAGGCUCACUGUCAUUGACAGCAAGUUAAGAAGGUCUGAACUCACACGGAAACACCUGGAGAUAUCCAACAAGAAGCUACUUGGCUUUGCACAGAAUGUCCACAAAGUUCUCACGAAUACCAGUUUGUUUGGGACUGAAAGUGGGUGCGCUCGAGUGUCUCCAGUGACCGACAGCCCCGACACACCCUCCCCGAUCCCUGACCCCGCCUGCCAGCUCGCAGCUGAGGCCAAAGAGCUCGUAGAUGGUGUCUGCUCACUUUGCACUGAGGAUCACACAUUAGUGCAGUACGUAGAGGGAGACGUUGUGAAGGCUGAAGAGGACUGUGAUUCAGACCUCGUUCAGUGGCCACAGCCUCCUGUCCUCGGGGCUCCUGCAGUAGAGCGGAGAGGUCAGUAGAGCAUCUGGGAUGGACAGACGAACCGGGCUCAUUCAGAACACCAAGGUCAAACUGCAGCUGUACUGUGGAAAAUAAGAGACUGUGAAGAUUUGCAGUGUGGUUUGUACUCUUUCAAGCAGUUAUCAGAGGCCUGAGCUCUACUGAUCAAACUCAUACUCAUUUUUUAAAGCAGUCCGUGUAUAUAUUUAACAUGUAGAAGUACUGAGUGUCAUAACAUAAAGGCAGAAACCUACCAAGGGAAUUGAAAUGUGAAACACAAACGUCACUGUUAACAGCAGAGGUGACUUUGAGAUGCUCAAAUGUGAUUUCAACCGUGUCUUAUAACACUCAUGGCAGAUGAAGCAGUUACCACACACCGUUAUGAAGAUGAUCUCAUUCGGACGGUAUAUUUCCCCAUUUCAACAACUGUAAUGAAAACACAUGUGGCUGUGCAGCUGACCUCUCUAUUAGAGUUAGGGAUAUUAUACAGUACAUGUAUUAAAUUUCACUUAGGGAUCUUCGGGACAGUUCCCACACUUCAUCAUUUGAUAUGAUGCUUAUUUGUAUCUGUUCUGAGAAGUUCUAUGAUGUUUUAAAGAUUUUAUAUUUUCGGUCCGAAUAUUUUAUUAUUCAGAGACACGUAGACAAGCUCGCUUCUAAAUAUGUGCGCGGUUGCCGUCAGAAACCUUGUAAAUCUUGCCGUCGAACCCUUCGAUGUCCUCUUCAUGUCUUUGCCGAUCAUGUCAGUCUACGCUGGGACGCAUCUGCGGUGCAGGUCAGUCCAAUGUCACCCAGCAUCCACUGCAUUACGAUCAGUUAUUGUCUGUUAAGUGCUUUGGGGGGAUCCUUCGUGGUUUGUUUCGUGAUGGACGUUGAUUGCUCCAUCUCGGUGUCCUUGGGACUAUACUGAUUGUUCCGGGGGGGAUUUUCUCGUCAUGGCACUGGUGUCGAGUAAUGGGAGUCAUAUUGCAGUGUUCCACCCCGAAUGCAUCCAUUCAGCUGAACAAUGCGCAUGGUUCGGGUUACUGUUUUCAUAAGCACGCUGUAUUCGGCUGUUUUGUCUUGCCGUAAAGGAUCUACAGUCACUUAUAUCAAUGUGUAAUAAGCUGGUGUCAUUCAUUUCCUGAGGAUAGAGGUGUACGGUUAUGCAGAUGGUUUGUUGAUAUUAAUAACAACACGUGCUUUGGAAAUGCUGACAUGUAGUCCUGUGAUUUAACUAGAUUGCAUCAUAUGUGUGGCCUAAAUAUCUUUCUUUUAAUGUUUUUAUUAAAGUCGGAACAAAUGUGUGAUGUGGUUUUUGUUUUUGUAUUACAUGCAGUGGAAUUCAGUACAACAGUGCUGAGAUUUAAAAAAAAAUACUCGAGGAUAUGUCUGUCAUUUUCAAAUCCACUGUGGUCAACAGACAGACACGCUCAUGCUUACAUGUCUGCAGGAAUAGCAGUGCAGGCGUGCCAGUCUGCAAUGUUGAGCCAAAGCUGGUGUAUGGCACAAUAUUGGAAAAAUUUAUUUGGCUACCAAGGGUUGCAUGCUGACACAGUUUUAAUGCUUGCAUAAUCUGCAACAGCUUGCGUGAGUCUUUUUUUUUUUUUUUUGGUUAUAUAUGACUACACGCAUUUGUACAGUUUAUAUUAAGGAUGCAUCACUGAAUUUGACCUUCCCGUAACCUUUUUAUGGUAACAUGCAUAGUCAUCGGUUCAUCACUUUGUUAGUAUAUACAUAUACACAUUAUACACACACAGUGUAAGCAUACAACGGAGAAAAUUAAGGCGAGAACCAUUUUGUUAAUCUGCAAUUAAACAUUUUAUAAUUAUUACUGUAAAUUAUAAUUUAAAUGUUACAUUUCUGGUGGAAGAAAAGAAUAAACAGCAACUAGAGUAACACAUCUUUUAAAAAGUCAACAAUUAGAUAUUUUCCACAUUGUAAUAAAACAGCUAGACCAUUUUAUUACUUUGUUAAUUUCAAAACUGUAGCUCCAAUUCAGUGUGGAGGUUUGGUAUUUAUACAGAAUAAGCAAAGGAUGACAAGAGUUAAAAUUUCAACAAAUAACACAGAAAACCAUCUUUAAAUGAAGGUAUUCUAUGCAUGUCAAUUUUCUACAGAGUAUUUUGUGCAAACAGACACUGGUUUAGUCAGAGCUCAAACUCAUAACAUGGGAAGUGACACCCAUUUACCAUUGAAACACACCACCAGCCAAUUCUGAUCUCUCAAAUCAUUUCAGAAUAAACUGAAAAUAUAUUAAAAAAAA